GAAGACAGAAGUUAGGGUGGGACACAGUCUGGGAAAAAGCAACAGGUUUUUCCUCCCACAGCCUGACUGUGCCACCAAGCGGACACUUCCAGCAGCCGGUGUCGGUCAUUCCGGCCAAAGUUGUCUCUCGGGCUAUUGUGCUGAAUAAAAAAAGGAGACUUUGUUUUCUUAUCGAGAUGCUUCCCGGAUCACGAUGUGGCAUGGAUUAAAGUUGUCGGAGUGCGAGCAGCAGCUGUGCGUGAGGAGAGCAGGGAGGCGGUGAGCACGGAGCGCGCAGCGCCAGGGAGGCGAACAGGAAGGUCCACACACGCUCCUCUUCAGAUCCGGAGGAUUAUUAAUCCCUUCUCGAGGGUAUGUGACCUCCGCACGGGAACGCGCUUUGGCCUGGGCUGAGUGACAGAGCAACACGCACCUGCAGGGCAGCAUCACUCUGCUACUGCAGUAAUGGGCAACUUCUCCAGCAAGGACAACCAUGGAGGCACAGGAGUUCACGUGGACAGUUUCCACACGCCACCCUCUUCUCCACAGAGCGAUGGCAUUGGUGUCAUACCCAGUGCUGUCCGGUUUCAAGCUUCACCUGCUGUCCCGGCUUCAUCGCCACCUCCAGCACUGGCCGUCACACCCAGCGGGAAGAAAUCAAAGCACGGCCCCCCAACCUCUCCCAGCACUCCCAUCCCACCCCCUGACUGGAGGCCUCCUCCGCCAGUGAGCUCAAACGCCUCCACGAUCGACCCUGGAGUUAGCCCGCUGCACAAAAAAUCAGGAAGUACCGCGGCAGGCAAUGGGCAGGCCUCUUUGGGGAAGAACGGGGGUCCUCCGAUCUCUUCACCAAGAACUUCAGUCUCCCCAGUGAAGAAUGUGGCGGUCAGUCCCGUUAAGAGUCCUUCCUUGGUGUCGAGUGCAUCACCUACUGCCAGCUCUUUGGGUCAGAACUCAGGGGGAAAAGACAGUGGUCCGAGUCAAUCUCUGGUGUCACGCCAUGAAGAUAAGGAUGUCCACAGCGAGGAACUGGUGCAACUGUUGGAGGAGUGUAGGAAAACACUGAGUAUUGAUGCCAGUCAGGAUGGGACUCCAAACACAACAGAGACAUUGAAGUGUCUGCUGGCAGAAGUGAAGACAUUGAAGAACGCACUGCAGAUGGAGCGUGGGGAAUGGCUGCAGUUCCAGGCGGACCUCCAGGUGGCGGUGGCAGUGGCUGACCGUCUGAGAGCUGAGGCGGAGGAGGAGCUGACGGCGCUCAGGGCGGCUCACAAAGACACGGAGAGGGAGCUCGUCGCUGCCCAGCAGAGACAGAAGGAGGCUGAGGUGCAGCUGGCGACCGUGCAAGGAGAGCUGAAGGAGAGCAGGCAGAAACUGGCCACUGCGAUCCAGGCUCAGGACAAACCAGAAGCACAGUCUUCCUGUCAGGAGCCAGAGAGACCAAAACGAGAGUACAAUUCUGAAAACAAAGAGGGAACAGAGCGGGGCAGGGGGAGAGGCUUGCACAGGUUGGGAGGAGUAGGGGUGGAAACUGGGAGUCAGAAUGAAGGGAUGAAGAGCGUUGAUGGGGAGGGUGCCAGGAUAGACUGUAAAGGUGUGGCUAAGCGUUACCUGAGAAAUGUGACCAAUGAGGACAGAGAUGGGAAGGACGUGCGAUCCAGUGAGACACGAAGGAUGCUGACGACAGAGAGAUCAAGAAGCCUGUCCAGAUUACCUGCCUCCUCGGACUCCUUUACUGUGCAGAAUGGAACAUCCCAGUCCAACUGUGCGUCAACUCUGGGGUCUACAACCAAGAACUUUGGUGAACUAAGAGGACGUAAAGGUCUGGAUUGGCAAGAAAGCAAGUCCAGCAGUGACACAGGAAAACGAGAGGAAUCUCUGAACAAGUACAACUCAGCUCUCACCGAGCUGCCACCCUCCAGGUCCCAGGAUGGUUUCAGCCUGCUGCUGCGUCGCCAUGGCGGCUCCAAGAGAAACUCGCUGCUCCGCUGGUGUCAGAGCCGAACACAAGGCUACAAGAAUAUUGACAUCACCAACUUCAGCAGCAGCUGGGCCGACGGUCUCGCCUUCUGCGCCGUCUAUCACACUUACCUCCCGUCUCACAUCCCCUACGGCACCCUCACUCUGGAAAACAAGAGGGAGAACCUCAGUCUGGCAUUCAAAACAGGAGAGAGCGUGGGAAUUGAGCAGUCUCUGACGGUAGAGGAGAUGCUGAGAGCAGGAGGUCCUGACUGGCAGAGGGUGCUGAGCUACGUGGAGAAUAUUUACCGCCAUUUUGAGAUGUGACUGCCGGAGGUACGCGCAAAACGAUUGCAGAUGGGAUGCUGAUGGACGCUACCGAGGAGAAUACAAACGUUUUUAAAGAUGGCUGUUUUUUUUACAUUUUGCUGGAUAUAGGUGACAUUUAAAGCAUCAAAGUGCAGAUUGUCGUAAAAGCGACAGCAGCAAACAGCCUGCACGGCGACAACGCGGAGGCACAAACGGUCAUCUGUGCAUUUGCAUCUUUUCUGCUCAGUUUUUAUGCGACUUCAGAGAUGCUGGCUCACGCAGUGGGAUGGGGUUGGUGUACUACGGAAGUAUCUGCCCAACUGAGGAGGAGCAAGAGUAUUUACAAUAAGGAGAAAAGGACGCUGUAAAUGUCUCCACACUGGUACUUAUCUUCCAGAAAGUACUCUAUUACACGUGAAUCUGUAAGCAGUCCGACUGCACAUGGUUGUAUCUGUCUAAAUAUUUUGCCUUUCACUUUUAUAUGUGAUGUUUUCCAACAACGCUUCGUUUUCCCAGACCUUUUAGCUCUCUGUAAACAUGUGCCUUUGCCAGCACUUUGUUGGUGUCAGGUUCCAGCGGUGGACAGGACAAAUGUUCUCGUGCUCUUUUAAGGACCGGACAGAAAACAAGGCUACAGACCGGUCAGAAGUCGCCAUUUGUAAAAGAUCGAGUCCAUGUUUAUGACUGAUGGUUGCCCGUUUGUCACAGAUAACAUGCUCACUAAGUGGCUGUUAAAGUGCCUUUACUUGUUAUUAGCAAGUGAGACAGCGCUACGUGAGUGCUGCGAGCUGUGCGUUGCCAAACACGCUAGAGGAGUACAAGCCGGCACAGGCUUCAGCAUCCAGUUUCAACAUCAUCUCACCUCUUAUCUGCAUCUUCACACGUGAACAACAAAUAUUGUUUAGACACGUUUGAGGCUGAGCUUGCUGCCAAAGUUGGACAUGCCAAAAUUUUGAACAAAUAUGUCUUACAUUGUAAAAUAUGUUCAUAUGUAACUAGUGUGAAAAGAUUCUUCCAAAGCAAUAAACUGUUGAAAUGUU